AUGUCGAUUACUUCUGCUGCUAGCGAGCCGCACGCGGAGUCCAUCAUCUGCUUUCUGAGCCCAGAGGAGGUGGACAUGCUACGGGACGCAUUCAUUUAUAUGGAUCGCGACAAUGACGGCCAUGUAACCAAGGAGGAUUUGCUCGAGAUGGUGCACCGGUGCGUCGGUGAUGAACGGUUUUCCCCACUGAAGGAGUAUCUGGUGCCACUCUUUGAGGUUGCAGACAAGGACAAAGACAAAAAACUGAGUCUCACGGAGUUUCUGCUUUCGUUUGCGGAUGGACCGGGAGUUGUUCCUGCAGAAGUCAUCAGUAGCUGCGUUUCGUCCAUUCGUGUGCGUCUUACGGAUGAAGAAAUUGAGACGCUGCAGGAGACGUUUCGCCGUAUUGACACAAAGGCCGACGGAUUUAUUGAUAAAGAGGAGCUCACCAUCGCGCUUAAGGAGAGCCUCAAGUACCGCUUUCCAGACCUGCAUGACAACAAUUUUAAUGACAUUGUGGCUGUUAUUAUGGCCAGUGCAGACACCGAUCGUGAUGGUCGUUUGUGCCUCUCCGAGUUUAUUCGCUCUUUUCAAGAGGAUCAGGGUGUCCUACCAGCGGCUUUCUUGGAUGCUGGGGCCCGCAAAUUGGUGCAGAAACUCACACCUGCUGAAAUUGAGGUUCUCGUCGAGGCUUUUGCCGUGCUGGACAGGGACCAUGACGGUUACGUGGAGGCGGCUGACAUAUACGAGGCGCUGUGGGAAACGCUUUUUGACAGUACGCAGGAUAAGAGUCAGAUUCGUGAGCUUUGCGACCUCAUAAUGGUUACUGCUAAUCGUAAAAACAAGGGAAUGUUGACUUUGACAGACUUUGUGCAAGGUUUUGUCCGGAAUAUAACUCUGAGCCAGAUUUCUGUUGCUGCGGCGCAGGAAAAGAUGCAAGUUGCCUGCGGUAAACUUCAGGAAAUGCUUGAAAGUGGUGAGCUGGAGCAGCUUUUAGUGGUGCCUGACGACGGUAAUGCGAACGCAGCCUGCGUGAACCCCGGCAACCUGGUCAGUGUGCUUAGUAACAUAUUUCGGGAUGUCUUCCCCCUGUUGGAUGAGGAAAUCCUUUCCAUCGUCAUUGGCGCCGUUGUGGUAGCUGCCGACAACGACAGCAGCGGUAAGAUUUCCUUGGAAAACUUUAUCCACUGUUUUGCCGAGGGACCACGGAUCCUUUCCACUGAUUCAACCUCCUCGACAAAGUCUGUAAGCCUAACCGAUGAUGAGCUUGUUGUUGUUUCGCAGGUGCUGCAUGAGUUGGGCAAAGAUGCCAAUAACAAUGGGUGCGUACAAGAGCCAGAGGUGCUGGAUGCCCUUCGAAACGUCUUCCGUGGGGACUCAAAGCAGGCUGAUCGCGUUCUUCAGUAUGUUCGUGAUAACAUUGUUCGACACAGCUCAACCAGCUCCUUGUUGGUAGAGGCCUCCACAAAUGAAGUGGAAGGUGACGAGAGUGAUGCCUCGGACUCUCAGUUAGAGCCUGUACCAGAGCCAAAUGAGGCAAAGGUGGAGACAGCGAACCCCGCACCAGCGCCCAAGGCGGAUACAACACAUGAGACGUCACCAAAUGACAAUAUGGCUACGGGUCUUAUCGUCACCCUCCCAAGCUCAAAGCAAGUUGAAUUGUUUUCUUUUGGUGCACAUGCCACGGUGCCAAGUGUACUAGUGAAACAACAUGCGAGACGUUACUUUGACAGCGUCUACGACACAGCUGAUACUGCCAUCUUUGAGGAUGAGUUGCGGGCGGAGUUCAGAAAGUACGCUGGAGACAGCCAGAAUUACAUUGACCGUGACGAGUUAAUUAAGGCUUACCUGUCGAUGGAACAUUAUGGUUUGGCCCCAACGGAAAGCGGGGUAAAUCAACUUAUUUCUCGCUACUGUACCGGAAACAAGGUGAACUAUGACGUAUUUUGUGUCUUAAUGCUGCGGCGUGCUCGUAUGUAG